AUGGCUAUUGCUGAACUUCCAUCACUCGAUGCUGGUGAGCAUCUUUUGAGAGAGGAAGUGAGAUAUGCGCAAGAGCACGACUUGCAGACUUUGAGUGUCUACUCCCCGAGACACAGCAGGGUUGUCGCGGGCGAUGUCUCAGAUUCCAUUGCAACAUCAUCCAAGAUAUGGAUUAUUUACAUCCAUGGAGGAGCAUGGCGUGAUCCACUUGUCACCUCGUCCUCUUUCGUCCCAACGAUUAACCGUCUUCUAUCUUCAUCCAUUAAAUCCAAGAUCGCCUCUUUUGUCUCCAUUAAUUAUCGACUUUCAGCCCAUUCAUCUUUCCCUCAAGAUUCUUCCUCAGUCCCCAAGCAUACAUACCGCAAUGCCAAGCACCCUGAUCACCUACAAGACAUAUGUUCGGCGUUGUCUUACUUACAGUCCAAAUACUCCAUCGAAGAUCAAUAUAUGCUUGUCGGCCAUUCGUGCGGAGCUACGCUAGCACUGCAAGUUCUAAGAGGAGAGGAGUAUGCCCGUUCUUGUGGUAUAUCAUGUGAAUCUCUGAAAUUCAAACUCCCACAAUACUUUCUUGGAGCAGCUGGAAUCUACAAUUUGAGGUUACUUCGUGAUACACAUCCGCAUCCUGCAUAUAAUGAGUUCCUCACUGAGGCAUUUGGAGGCGAUGAAAAAGCCUGGGAUGAGGUUUCACCAGCGAGGUUUCCGUACUUCAUGGGUAUCGGCGGAAAGAAGAAGGUUCUUGCUUUUGCUACUUCGCCCGAUGAUGAGCUAGUUGAUGAGAUACAAAUCGAUGUCAUGGUGAAAAGUGUGCAGGGCGUUGCUGAUGGGGUAGUGUUGGCCGAAAGGAUCCCAUUCCAAUCGUUGAUUGGUGGUGGAUAUUUGAAUACAUUUUUCCGUCGUUUGACUAUUGCUCAAGUUGGAUUAUACAGUGUAUAG